AUGCAGCCCCUCCAGGUCACCCACGUUGGCCUGGAGUCUGGCCUCCGGAACCCACAAGGGGCCACCCCCUCCCCGGUGACCCCGAGAUUAUGGCUACCACUCCAGCCCAAUGGACUCGCCGGCGCCGAGCAAGGGAAUCCGGGAAAGCUCUCUGCGCUUUCCUCAAGAUCCCGCCCCCGGUUGAGCCCCCCUGCCCCUCCUUCUAACCCGCCCUCUCAGAUUGACAACCCCCUCCCUAUCCCCAUCACACAAGUCAGCAGAGGGGACAUUCGCUGCUCACCUGGAGAGACUCGCCAGUGCCCCGAGGCGCCCACACUCGCGAAGGCCGAGCAGGGGAGGAGGGGGAGGGUUGUGUCCCACAGGCCAGCUGAGCGCGUGGCGGCCCCGCCGCCGCCGCCGCCGCCGCCGCCGCACUCCUUCAUCAAGCAGGAGCCGAGCUGGGGCGGCGCGGAGCCGCACGAGGAGCAGUGUCUGAGCGCCUUCACCGUCCACUUCUCGGGCCAAUUCACCGGCACGGCUGGGGCCUGUCGCUACGGACCCUUCGGUCCUCCUCCGCCCAGCCAGGCGUCCUCCGGCCAGGCCAGGAUGUUCCCCAACGCGCCCUACCUGCCCAGCUGCCUGGAGAGCCAGCCCGCUAUUCGCAACCAGGGAUACAGCACGGUCACCUUCGACGGGACGCCCAGCUACGGCCACACGCCCUCGCACCACGCGGCGCAGUUCCCCAACCACUCCUUCAAGCACGAGGACCCCAUGGGCCAGCAGGGCUCGCUGGGCGAGCAGCAGUACUCCGUGCCGCCCCCGGUCUAUGGCUGCCACACCCCCACCGACAGCUGCACAGGCAGCCAGGCCUUGCUGCUGAGGACGCCCUACAGCAGUGACAAUUUAUACCAAAUGACCUCCCAGCUUGAAUGCAUGACCUGGAAUCAGAUGAACUUAGGAGCUACAUUAAAGGGAGUUGCUGCUGGGAGCUCCAGCUCAGUGAAAUGGACAGAAGGGCAGAGCAACCAUGGCACGGGGUACGAGAGCGAUAACCACACCACACCCAUCCUCUGCGGUGCCCAGUACAGAAUACACACCCACGGCGUCUUCAGGGGCAUUCAGGACGUCCGGCGCGUGCCCGGAGUCGCCCCGACGCUCGUCCGGUCGGCGUCAGAGACCAGUGAGAAGCGCCCCUUCAUGUGUGCUUACCCGGGCUGCAAUAAGCGAUACUUUAAGCUGUCCCACUUGCAGAUGCACAGCCGGAAGCACACUGGUGAGAAGCCAUACCAGUGUGACUUCAAGGACUGUGAGCGGAGGUUUUCCCGUUCAGACCAGCUCAAAAGGCACCAGAGGAGACACACAGGUGUGAAACCCUUCCAGUGUAAAACUUGUCAGCGCAAGUUCUCCCGGUCCGACCACCUGAAGACCCACACCAGGACUCAUACAGGUGAGAAGCCCUUCAGCUGUCGGUGGCCUAGUUGUCAGAAGAAGUUUGCCCGGUCAGAUGAGCUGGUCCGCCAUCACAACAUGCACCAGAGGAACAUGACAAAGCUGCAGCUGGCCCUGUGAGGGUCCAGCGGGACAGCGCCGUGUCCAGGCAGGGCUACGCAUGAACUGCCCUCAGAUCUGACUCGAAUUCCUCUUCGCCCUCCUCUCCAAGAAGGACACGGCAUUCGACCUUCUUCAUCCGGCUUCCGGGACAAGACACCUGCCUACUGCGUCCACCAGGCUUGCCCGGGGGAGCUGCCGGGCGCUGCUUGGGUCACUUUCAGUUGGCUCACAAGGCCCUGGAGAAGUGGCUGACGCUGUCUGGUCAGUUAAAAGCCCAUCGCCAUUUGGUCUGGAUUUUCCACCGUAAGAGAGCCGUUGUUGAUGACGCCCCUCUCCUCCUCUGCGCUCAUUUUCACUAGGAAUGGAGUCACUGUGCCAUUUUUCAUCAUAGAAUAUUUAUAGGCCAGGGCAUGUGUAUGUGUCUGCUAAUGUAAACUUUGUCGUGGUUUCCAUUUACUAACAGCAAUAGCUAGAAAUAAAUCAGAGAGCGAGGCUCUGGGGCGAGUCCCGCCGACAUUCCGGAGGUCAGGCGGGCUGCUAACCUGGGAGGCAGGAUGUAAUGCUCCCGGCAACUUCAGAACUCAUGCGUUUCAGCAGCUGAAAAAAGAAUCAGAACUAACCAGUACCUCUGUAGGGAAACCUGAAAGAAUCUUACCAUUCAGUUAAUUCAGUGUUAGCAAGUAGCACACUGCUCUUAGGAAACUGUGCUUGAAGAUCCCAGGUGUUGUUUUGCGUUUAUUUUUGACUUUUUUGAGUUGUAAUGUUAUGCAUCCUCGGAGAUGUACAUGUCCCCUCACACAAAGGGAGUGGAGUUCAUUUUCACCACGUGGGGUGUCCUAGAGUGUGCAGACCACGCCAAUUAUGUGGCUUCAAGUUGUAAAAUUAAAGUGACUGAAAGAAA